AUAAAAAAAUAAGUUGAUUUUUGUAAGAUUAUAAAUAAAAGUUGUAAAGUUUUUAGUCAACUUCCUGAAUAGAAAUAAUGCUUUUUUUUUAUUUUUACUAUAUUUUUAUGUAAUUUAAUAGUUCAAGGGAAGUUGCAAUUUCAAAAAAUAUUGUUUUUAGUAAUUAUAGCAUAAUGUAAUUCACAAAAAAUAUUAAAUUAGUGAACAGAUGAGCGGCUUCCCUUCAAUUUUUAUUUCACCUAUAUUUUCUUGUCUACAGCCAGCGCACGUAGGUGCACAGAGAUGUCACAAUGCCUCCUUCCCACCGCUCGAGGCAGAGAUGGUUCUGUGUUGCGCUCUGAGGCGCAUCACUUCACUGCCAGCUUAUUCUAAAAGAUCUGAAAGCAGCAUGUUUAUAUCCAAAAACCGUUUUAUUCUGAAAACAUGCGGUUCAACAACUCUCCUCCGUGCAAUUAAACCACUUCUGUUUCUAGUAAGAGAAUUUGCAGGUUUUGAUCAUGUGUUGGAUAUAUUUUAUUCCAGAAAAAAUUUCAUGAGACCAGAAUUACAAGAUAAACCACAUACCAGUUUUGAAGAUGAGGUUGAAGUAUUGGAUGAAUUAUUUAAAGAUGGAGCAGCAUACUGUCUUGGAAAAGUGAAUAGAGAUUGUUGGUAUCUGUAUACAUUGAAUCCAUCUGUACAAUUUGGAGGAAUUCAAGUUCCAGACCAAACUUUGGAGAUUAUCAUGCAAGAUUUAGAUCAAAAGAUAAUGAAAAUAUUCACAAGAGAAGUGAGUUCCUCUGCUAAAGAUGCAACUCAGAAGUCAGGAAUUGAUAAACUGCUACCAGGGGUGACUAUUGAUGAUUUUCUCUUUAAUCCAUGUGGAUAUUCUAUGAAUGGUUUACUGAAAGGAGGUUAUUACAUAACAAUUCACAUCACACCAGAACCACUUUGUUCGUAUGUGAGUUUUGAAACUAAUAUUCCUCAGGAAUCUUAUCAUGAAUUGAUUUCUCGAUUACUGCGUACUUUUCAUCCAGGCAAAUUCAUUAUGACCAUUUUGGCAAAUAAGUUAUCUCUGGCCAUCAACACACACAAUGAAUUUCACUGUGCUGAAUUUCGUAACUACUGUCGUACAGAACUACAGUUUUGCCGCUUCAAGAAUUACGAUCUGACCUACACCCUCUUUGCCAAAGCUCCCAGUUGAGGACGAAUGAAACACCUUACUGGACAUACCUCAUUGUUUAAUGUUUUUCUCUUUUGUAGCCCUUUGCCCAUAAGUAAAUUUUACAGUCUCUUACUUCCACACAUGUUAUGGGGAAGAAUAUCGUGAUCCAUCUUUUCAUAUUUUGUGGUAAAGGCUGUAAGCUUUGUUUUGAUUGGUCUUGGUCAAAUGAAUGACAGAUCAAUCACAAAUUCGAGCUCGUUUAGAGUGGUACAAUGCAUCAGACUGCAGCAAAUUCCGGCGUGCUCAUACUUAAGUCUGAAAUUCCCUGGUAAAAUUGCAUAAGGGAGGAAAAUAUUUUUUGGUGAGAGAGGAGAAGCUAUUGGAAAUUAUUUUAUAUAUAUAUAUAUAUAUAUUUUUUUUUUUUUCUUUGCACUUUAUAUAUACAGUAUAUUAUAUAAAUAUGUAUUAUAUAUGUAGAUUUAGAAAAUAAUUUUGAAGAUUUGGAAACAUUUUUGUAGCUAAAUUUUAGAAGUAACUUUUUCAAAUGAGGUAUGUCCAGAUAAGGUGAUUUUUCAACUGUGUAAUUCUUUAUAAAUUCUGAAUGUUAACUGGUAAUAAAAUAAAUUAUUUCAAAA